UCGGGUCGAGUGGACGGUAGUUCUUGGCACACGCACGAUACCUUGGAACACCUGUAAACGGGCAAUCGAGACUACUGAACAUUCCUGUUGAGUUGUGGGUGGGAGUUUAGUUUGGAGGGAAGUCGAAGAAUGUGAAAAAGAGUUGCGGUAACCAUGUCCGGUUUAGUUGGGCGAAAUCGGGUGAAGGCAGUUUGCCAACCGGUGUUGAAUCUUGCUGGUGAAUUUUAGCGCGGGGUUUAAUGUUGAUCAAUUGAGCUGCGGUGGAUAGGGAUAAAUUACCAAGCAAGGAAGAUGCAAAUGUGGAUUAACAUAUAUUAGAGGCAGCAACAACGGCAGCACACGUGGGAAAGUUUUGUGUAAAACGGAAGCAAGUGUUGUUGUGUCGGGGGAUCACGUAUAGAUUAAUUGCAGUUGAAUAAACUACAACACUACAGUUGGGAAUACACCGUUCAAUUUUUGUGAGAAGCCCUUUACUCUGGAUUUGUGCUCUAGAAAAGUGAAAUUAGAAAACAAGAUUAAAGAAUUUCAAAAAAAUUAUCAAGUGACGAAAAUUGUUUCUCUUUGCAACAUCCGCGUGAAAGGUAGAUUAUGAAAAAAGGAGUUGUUCAAGUGCAAUGUUAUGAAUUGAAAAAGUAAAGAUUUUAAAAAGUCAAAAAGUUAGAAAGAUAAAAAGUUGAAUGGUUCAGAGUUAAAUAUAAAUAAAUUUAAUGUUGAGUAAGUGUUCAAAGUGUCAAAGAUCAAACUGAUAAGGAUACAUGGAUUUAAUUGACUCGUUAAAUUUUACCAAAAUUCUGUGGAUACAUUAAAGAUAAUCAUAAUUGACUCGUACUCGUACAACACAAAUCAAGCCAAACCCAACUUGUCAACCAGAAAUUUCCCAUCUGUUUGCAUCAUCAACUGUUGCGCGGCAUCGAAACUACAGAGAGAAACUGGAGAGUGUUGUUGCCGAAUGUGUUUGUGUGCCAAGCGUGCCCAGAAGCGAAACGAGAAAGUGUAAAAAAAAAGAGCAGAAGAAAACUUCAUUAAUUCAGAACUGGGGAAAAUUCAGUGUAGCAAUCAACGGGAAAAGGGAAACGAGAAGCAGAAAAAAACUGGUGAACUAACGAAAAAAAAAAAAAAAAAACAGCGCAGACCAGCAGAAGGAAAACCACACAAGUCAAGCGAAAAUCACAACUGCAUGAAUAACCAAAGUGCUUCGCUAAAAAAGACGUCGACGAAGAUGAUGAUGAUGACGAGGAAGAGCAGAGGCAAGGGCAUGGCGAAGAUGCUGUUGCUGGUCCUGCUGCCAUAAGCAAGCAAGCAAGCAAGCAAGCAAGAGCAAGUGUGUCAGAAAAGAUGAAACUAAAUGAACCGAGCGGAAGUUCGAAGAAGUUUGGUCUUGGCCCUCGCUCGGCUUGAAAGAGGAAGCCGGAAGAAAAGUAGGGAAAAGUGCGCAUUGAGGGUGCAGAAAAAUAACAAUCAUCACUUGUGGUCGGAAUUUGCUUUCCUGCUGCUUCCUUCUCCACCAAAGUUUCGAUUCUGUUCCAUUCUGGGGAAGCUGUCGGUUCCAUUUCAUGGGCAGAGCACAGUACAUACAGUGAGUGUACCCAGACCCACCCAGCUUUGUGAAAUGUUAUGAUCUACAAGUGAUUAUGGAGAUGACGAUUUUGCGAAAUCGAAUCUGUAUCUACUGCCUUCUAGUGGAGGGUACUUGGUAAACGUUGAUUUUGUGUCAGCGACAAGUGGAUCGAAUCAAAACAGUGAAUGAAGGUGUCGGAUCAGAUCACAGUAGAGCGUUUUGGUGUUUUCCGGGAGGUUUUUCUCUUCACACAUUUGCUGCCAUAAGGAAUGGAAUUGGAGGAUUUAUCAAAUACUGUUUCAAACAAAAGUUUCAUCCCGGCAGGGCUCGAACAAUAGGCAGAUGUGAACGAGAAGGAGGGAGAAGCCUUUCAGGAUGAGAAACGGCACUGGCAACCGCAUCAUUAAAAUCGUUUGCAUAAAGUGUCCUCCUGCGAUCUCCAAGUGCCAUCAUCUCGGGCGCCUCCACAUCCACAAGAAGGAUAACACUCCGUCAUCGGCAGGACUUCUUCCCCUUCCCCAGGGCAGGAAACGGCAGCCCUGGAAUGCAGGAAUCCUGAUGAGGAUGCUAAUAAAAGCAGUGGCUGAUCCAACAGGUGCGACCAAGCGAAACUGUGUCAUCCUGCAUUGCUGCAACCCGCACAGCGCCAACGGCAAAAACAACAAACCAACGGCAACGACGACGGUUACGUAAAAGCACACAUCCUACGCAUAAAAACACCGUGCGUUAGCUCUGUUUGGAUACCUUAAGCGAGCACGACAGCGACAUUCGUAUGCAUGCGGAUUCAAAAUAGAGCUGUGUAAACAGAUAGGUACUAGACCUGGAAUGACAAUUUCAAACUAUGCUGCACAUUGCAGAGCUCACAUUCUUCAUGGCCCUCGUUGAACAGGUACCUUCAGCAGCAUUCAUCCACAACACAAAACUCACAAUUCAGCAUACAGAAGAAGUCUAGUGUAGUUAGGGAGAAAAAAAAACACAACAAUUCAGAGACCCUAAGGCAAACUAAGGUACUCUACUCGGAACAACUCGACCCAACACCGGUCGUGUGAACGAACGUCAUUUGCUGGGGCUAGAUUUUUUUUGCGUCCACCCACUCUAGGCAGGUAUUGUUACCGAUUUUCAUGUAGAAGUGAUUCGUGGUAGGACACUACUCUACAGGACCAGGAUCAGACUCUCUAGCUCCGGUUGACAGGUCUAAUAAAUGCUCAACGAAAGUGGAACACAAUAACGCCCAGGUACAAUCAGGUGCAACUUCGCCGAAGGCAAUUCACCCAGAGAAGUGCUACUGGAUAGUCUGCAAAAGCGCACAAGCUUCGCAUUCGUCCUUCCGAGGACUUCCAAGUAAUGUAAAACAGAAGGAGAACAAAAAAAAACUUUGAAAAAUACCAAGAGUUGAAAGCAAAACGACUCUAAGCAUAGUACAGAUGAGUACCGGAGAGCUGACAAAGCGUUAAACAUACACUUGUUUAACCAUAUACAUAAGUACAGAUACCUUUAUUGCGAAAAAAACAAACUGUGAGCCCGCUCAAAAACUUCUGGCAACUAAGCUAUGGCUUUGAGAAAGUUCAUAAUCCACGGAUUUUGCUGCUGCUGUUGCUGUUACAACAACGGUCGUCGUCUGGUUGGCAUCCAACGGCGGAAUCUACUAGCUGUGAUACUAAUUUUUACCAUCGCUAUGGGAGCACCACAUGCAGACCUGGGCAACCCAGCUUCGGCAAAUUAUUUGACACCGACAUCGUCAUUGGGAUAUUUCGCCACCCGGAACAACACAAAAGUCACUGCACAACGGGGCGGAACUGCGCUGCUUCCCUGUACCGUACUCACCCAAUCGUCGGCAUUGGUAUCCUGGGUCCGGCGAAGGGACUUCCAGCUGCUGACGGUGGGUCUAUCGACCUAUAGCAGUGACGAGCGCUUUCUGGUGGAGCACAUCCGGCACAUGGGCCACUGGGCUCUGCGAAUCAAAGCCGUUCGGGAGGAGGACCGAGGAUUGUACGAGUGUCAACUUUCCGUGCAUCCUGUCCAGUCGGUGUUUGUCGAGCUCAAAGUUGUCGAAGCCGUAGCGGAAAUUGUGGGCGCACCGGAUUUGCAUAUUGAUGAGGGCUCCACACUGAGGCUGGAGUGCAAAUUGAAGCGGGCCACCGAAUAUCCGGCAUACGUUUUCUGGUACCACGAGCAGAAUAUGGUAAACUUCGACCAGCAAAACGGCUUCUCGGUAACUCCAUUCCAGCCGACGACGGGACCUUCGUCAUCUUCCACGGCGGCGGCGCCAUUUUCCGGCACCGGAAGCCAUGGCCUUGGAACAGCGAUGGCCAACGACCAGCAGCAUCACGCACCGUUCCACGAAAUGAACAGUCAGCAAAAUCCGCUAGCAGCCCAUCCUCACCCGCAUCAUCAUCAUCAUCAUUUGCAGCACCUACAUCAUCACCUGCAAUAUCUGCACCGGCAGCACAAUUUCCCUCAUCAGCACCAUCAUCAUCAUCAUCAUCACUCGAGAGGAUCUUCUCCGGGUGGCGGCAUCGACGACGACGAUGCCACUUUCGGGUUGAAUGCCCUGGAUGUGCUGGCUGCCCGGCCGGAUGCAGCUUUAUGGGAUGAUCCGUCGUCGUCCUUCCCGGGAUCGGAUUCUUCGUCGUGGGGAACGGACGAUCCAUCUCUAUCGUCUCCAUCGACGGAAGAAGGGGCAGGAGGUUUCACAGGGGAACUUUCGGCCCUAGAUCGAUUGCAUUAUCUGGCCCACCUGAAUCACAGCGGGCUGCUUCGGUUGCUCUACUCGCACAUACUUCCGUCGGCGACCAGCGUCCUGACAAUCAAGGGGGUUCACUUGAAGCACGCCGGCAAUUAUACCUGCGCUCCGUCCAACACCCAGCCGGCCAGCAUCACCGUACAUGUGCUGCAAGGUGAAAAACCCGCUGCGAUGCAGCACGCCAACCGAAGCCAACUGGACCAACAGCAGCAGCAAUCGGAUGGAUCCGGUAAAACAUCAUCGAAGGGUGCUUCCAGCAGUAGUAGUAGCAGCAGCAUCAGUAUCAGUAGUUGGUUCCACGCGUAUAGAACGAGCCAAGUAGCCCUGGGGUCCAACAGCUUCCGGCAGCUGAUACUGCAGCAGAUUCUAAGCCUGUGGCCGAUUUUGCUGACGCUAGCUCUUCUAUCGGCGCCAACGACGACAACAAUAACGUUGGCACUGACGUCGACGACGGUUUCCCCUGUAGCCGGUAAAAAAUCGACGCUAAAAGCAGCCGAAACCGAACGGAACAGGAACCGGAACCAGAACCAGAUCCGGUGAAAGUGGGUACGGGGAGGUCAGGCGUCGGUUGACGGAAAAGUCCUUUGGUGGUGGAAUGCCAGAAAUGGGCUAAAUUAGGUUAAGCGAGAGCAAAAUGUAAUAUGCAAUAUGUGCGCCGCCGGCCUUUUUCUCUCUUGAAAGAAGGGGGGAGGGGUCUAUUCGAAAGCGAAGUUGAGGAAACCCUACCCUGCCUGAUGAAUGAACGAUGGGAUGCAGUACUAGACUGGUAAAUUCGGUUGUUGUUAGCUGGCUCGCCUGGCUGAUGCCUGAAAAACGAGCGCGAGCUGCAUUCUGGCGUCUGGUUACAGUGUGUUUGGAAGGAAAAUAUGUAUUCUACAUUUUUUGGAACCGGGUGAAGAAUUUGGAAUUUUUAUCCAGAUCGGAAUGCUUCUAAGCUUUUCUGGAAAGAGAAUCUUGAAUACUCGGUCAAGGAAAAGAAAGUAAAGGGGAAAUAACAAGUUUUAUAUGGUUUGGAUUUCCCUUUGAGUGCGUAUUUCUACAAAGGAUGCCAGAAUUUUUCUCGCACCCAUACGGGCCGGACAAAUCCGGGCAAUUUAAUCAUUAAACUUGGCAAAAAUGCAACAAUUUGUUUUGUGAAUAACUUUGGAAUGCAUGGAUGGAAAUUGAUGAAAUAUUCAGUGAAGCUGCGUAGGUAUUACUACUACUAUGUUCACAUGUGCAAAUUGAGGUGACGUUCUGUCAAGUUUGGCUUUGAUUGGCUUUAAUUUUUGAACACAACGUGCGCCAUCUAUCAUGCAUACUAUGAACUACCCUUUUUCCAAAUCAAGGCUACUUUUGAUUAUUUUUUCUCUGUUUCCAGAAGCUUAGUAUUCAAAACUACUCAAAGAAUUUUAUUUCAUCAUAUUUGACUUGAUAUCACUCAAUCUCUGCUUUCGAGUUAUUGCACUCUUCCAGAUCCAACUAAAACAGAGUAUAAACUUUGUAAGACCUAUGGAAAUGUUAUUCAAGGAAAAAGGUCGAAUUCUGAGGCAGCCUUCUUUGUUUACUGAGCCAUUCAUUGUUUCCAUAGUUAUUUAAUACUGAGUGAUUUGCAGCUACAACAGAUCGUCAGGCAGCUAGAGUGCUAGACAUCAUUUUUUUUUUUAAACAAAAAUCUCCUUGUUUAUCUCUGAAACAACAAGGAAAAACUUGUCAACGAAAAAUUUUUGGCUGGAAACAUGCCAGGUGCUCGCUAAAGAGUUUGUUUUGCCUGCUAGCGGUUUUAAUAUUUUGUGCACGAUUUGACCCCCGUUUUUGGUUUAUUUUAACGGCGAGAAACUUUUUUACCUUGCAGAAAUGAAGCCAUUGCGUUUUUCAUCACCAUGUGAUGAAAAACGCAAAAGAUUUGAGUUUCCCAAAGCAGGAUUUCUAGAUUAUUCCUGGACUAGCUAUUCUCAGGAUUAUCGGGGAAAAAGAUGGCCAUCUUUUCUUGAUGUCAUUCCUUCCAUCUGUUUUCGGAGCACGGUUUUGUAUCAAUUUUCGAAAAAGAUUGAAUUUGGAAAAUCAAAAAUACCCUAGCAACACUCCUGUCACAUUCGAGCACAGCCAACCAAGUCACGGGAAAUCUAAAAAUAUUCACAAACCGUGUGAAAUUUGGGCAAAUUAUACUAAAAUCCAGGUAUUUAUCACAACAAAUCAAAAGAACACAUCGAGACACAUCAGCGGCGUUGAAAUAAAAUAUUUAAAAUUUAAAAUGUUUGCUGGUUUUUCUGAUGGA